CGAGUGUUUGCUCGUGAGCGCAUCGAUCCGGGGCAGGAGGAGGGGCCCAGCGCAGCCGAGCUGAGCCCGGACUCUCUGCUGCGGGUCACUGAGCUGCAGCCUCAGACUUCACGACUGAAGUCCGCUGAAGACGGAGCGGAUCGAACACAGAACCAGGAGGCCUCAUCGCUCUGGCAGCCGUGAACACCAUGUCUCACCGGAGCAGCCAAGAAGACCCGGAGCGCUACCUGUUCGUGGACCGCGCAGUGGUCUACAAUCCUGCCACGCAGGCCGACUGGACGGCCAAGAAGCUAGUGUGGGUUCCGUCAGAGCGCCAUGGCUUUGAGGCGGCCAGCAUCCGCGAGGAGCGCUGCGAGGAGGUCCUGGUGGAGCUGGCCGAGAACGGCAAGAAGGUCUCCGUCAACAAGGACGACGUCCAGAAGAUGAACCCGCCCAAGUUCAGCAAGGUGGAGGACAUGGCCGAGCUGACGUGUCUGAACGAGGCCUCGGUGCUGCACAACCUGAAGGACCGCUACUACUCUGGACUCAUCUACACCUACUCCGGGCUCUUCUGCGUGGUCAUCAACCCGUACAAGAACCUGCCCAUCUACUCGGAGAACAUCAUCGAGAUGUACCGCGGCAAGAAGCGGCACGAGAUGCCUCCGCACAUCUACGCCAUCUCGGAGUCCGCGUACCGCUGCAUGCUGCAAGAUCGUGAAGACCAGUCCAUCCUGUGCACAGGAGAGUCUGGGGCUGGUAAGACGGAGAACACCAAGAAGGUGAUACAGUACUUGGCCCACGUCGCCUCGUCGCACAAGGGACGGAAGGACCACAACAUUCCGGGCGAGUUGGAACGCCAGCUGCUGCAAGCAAAUCCCAUCUUGGAGUCGUUCGGGAACGCCAAGACGGUGAAGAAUGACAACUCAUCACGCUUCGGCAAAUUCAUCAGGAUCAACUUCGACGUGGCGGGCUACAUUGUGGGCGCCAACAUCGAGACCUACCUGUUGGAGAAGUCCCGGGCCAUCCGACAGGCCAAGGACGAGAGGACCUUCCACAUCUUCUACCGGCUGCUGGCGGGAGCAGGGGAGCACCUGCGUACCGACCUGCUCCUCGAGGGCUUCACCUCCUACCGCUUCCUGUCCAACGGCAACAUUCCCAUCCCUGGGCAGCAGGACAAGGAGAACUUCCAGGAGACCAUGGAGGCCAUGCACAUCAUGAGCUUUUCCCACGAAGAGAUUGUCUGUAUGCUGAAGGUGGUGUCUGCCGUCCUGCAGUUCGGGAACGUCGUUUUCAAGAAGGAGAGGAACACGGACCAGGCCUCCAUGCCCGAGAACACGGCCGCGCAGAAACUCUGCCACCUGCUGGGCAUGAAUGUGAUGGAGUUCACCCGAGCAAUCCUGACGCCGAGGAUCAAGGUGGGCCGAGACUACGUGCAGAAGGCUCAGACCAAAGAGCAGGCGGACUUCGCAGUGGAGGCGCUGGCGAAGGCGACGUAUGAGCGUCUGUUCCGCUGGCUGGUCCACCGGAUCAACAAAGCUCUGGACCGGACCAAACGGCAGGGCGCCUCCUUCAUCGGGAUCCUGGACAUCGCUGGCUUCGAGAUCUUUGAGCUGAACUCCUUCGAGCAGCUCUGCAUCAACUACACCAACGAGAAGCUGCAGCAGCUCUUCAACCACACCAUGUUCGUGCUGGAGCAGGAGGAGUACCAGCGCGAGGGCAUCGAGUGGAGCUUCAUCGACUUCGGUCUGGACCUGCAGCCCUGCAUCGACCUCAUCGAGAGGCCGAACAACCCGCCCGGGAUCCUGGCUCUCCUGGACGAGGAGUGCUGGUUCCCCAAGGCCACUGACAAGACCUUCGUGGACAAGGUGCUGCAGGAGCAGGGCAACCACAGCAAGUUCCAGAAGCCGCGUCAGCUGAAGGACAAAGCCGACUUCUGCAUCAUCCACUACGCCGGGAGGGUGGACUACAAGGCGGACGAGUGGCUGAUGAAGAACAUGGAUCCUCUGAAUGACAACGUGGCCACACUGCUCCACCAGUCGACGGACAAGUUUGUGGCCGAGCUCUGGAAGGAUGUGGACAGGAUCGUGGGUCUGGACCAGGUGGCCGGCAUGAAUGAGACGGCGUUCGGCGCCGCAUACAAGACGAAGAAGGGGAUGUUCCGCACGGUGGGUCAGCUCUACAAGGAGCAGCUGUCCAAGCUGAUGGCAACGCUCCGGAACACCAACCCCAACUUCGUCCGCUGCAUCAUCCCCAACCAUGAGAAGAGGGCUGGGAAACUGGACCCUCACCUAGUUCUGGACCAGCUGCGCUGCAACGGCGUCCUGGAGGGGAUCCGGAUCUGCAGACAGGGAUUCCCUAACCGUAUCGUCUUCCAGGAGUUCAGACAGAGGUACGAGAUCCUGACCCCCAACGCCAUCCCCAAGGGCUUCAUGGAUGGGAAACAGGCCUGCGAGAGGAUGAUCAGGGCUCUGGAGCUGGAUGGGAACCUGUUCCGUAUCGGGCAGAGCAAGAUCUUCUUCCGGGCCGGGGUCCUGGCCCACCUGGAGGAGGAGCGUGACCUGAAGAUCACCGACAUCAUCAUCUACUUCCAAGCUGUCUGUCGGGGAUAUCUGGCUCGGAAAUCUUUUGCCAAGAAGCAGCAGCAGCUGAGCGCGCUGAAGGUUCUGCAGAGGAACUGCUUCGCCUACCUGAAGCUGCGGCACUGGCAGUGGUGGAGACUGUUCACCAAGGUGAAGCCGCUGCUGCAGGUGACACGGCAGGAGGAGGAGAUGCAGGCCAAAGACGAGGAGCUGCUGAAGGUGAAGGAGAAGCAGAUGAAGGUCGAAGGCGAGCUGAUGGACAUGGAGAGGAAACACCAACAGAUGGCGGAGGAGAAGAACAUCCUGGCCGAACAGCUGCAAGCGGAGACGGAGCUCUUCGCAGAGGCUGAGGAGAUGAGAGCUCGACUGGCUUCUAAGAAACAAGAGCUGGAGGAGAUUCUUCAUGACCUGGAGUCCAGGCUGGAGGAGGAGGAGGAGCGCAACCAGAGCAUGCAGGGCGAGAAGAAGAAGAUGCAGACGCACAUCCAGGACCUGGAGGAGCAGCUGGACGAGGAGGAGGCAGCACGGCAGAAGCUCCAGUUGGAGAAAGUGACGGCUGAGGCCAAGAUGAAGAAGUACGAGGAGAGCAUCCUGCUGCUGGAGGAUCAGAACUCCAAGUUCAUGAAGGAGAAGAAGCUGAUGGAGGAGCGCAUCAGCGAGGUGACGUCACUGCUUGCUGAGGAGGAGGAGAAGGCCAAGAACCUGAACAAGCUGAGGAACAAGCAAGAGAUAAUGAUGGCCGACUUGGAAGAGCGCUUGAAGAAGGAGGAGAAGACGCGUCAAGAACUGGAGAAGGCCAAGAGGAAGCUGGAUGGAGAAACCUCCGAUUGCCAGGACCAGAUCACCGAGCUGCAGGCGCAGAUCGAGGAGGUGAAGUCUCAACUGAUGAAGAGGGAGGAGGAGCAGCAGACACUGCAGGCCAGGGGCGAGGAGGAGAUGUCCCACAAGAACAAUGCUCUGAAGCAAGUGAGGGAGCUUCAGGCCCAGCUGGCUGAGCUGCAGGAGGACCUGGAGUCGGAGAAACAGGCGCGGAACAAGGCGGAGAAACUGAAGCGGGACCUGAGCGAGGAGCUGGAGGCUCUGAAGACGGAGCUGGAGGACACGCUGGACACCACAGCGGCGCAGCAGGAGCUCCGAACCAAGCGGGAGCAGGAGGUGACAGAGCUGAAGAAGGCCAUAGAGGAGGAGACCAAGAACCACGAAGCUCAGAUCCAGGAGAUGCGUCAGCGGCACGGCGCCGCUCUGGAGGAGCUGUCGGAGCAGCUGGAGCAGGCCAAGAGGUUCAAGGCCAACCUGGAGAAGACCAAGCAGAGCCAGGAGACCGUCAACAAGGAGUUGGCCGGGGAGGUCAAGUGUCUUCAGCAGGCCAAGAGUGACUCGGAGCACAAGAGGAAGAAGCUGGAGGGACAACUGCAGGAGUCAGCGGCCCGGGUCAGCGAGGGAGAGCGGAGCAGGACGGAGCUGGCCGAGCGCGUUCACAAGCUCCAGAUGGAGCUGGACGGCGUGUCUGCUCAGCUGGAGGACGCAGAGAGGAAGAACAUCAAGAUGACCAAGGAUGUGUCCGGACUGGAGAGCCAGCUGCAGGACUCCCAGGAGCUGCUGCAGGAGGAGACCCGGCAGAAGCUGAACCUGAGCGGCAGGAUCCGCCAGCUGGAGGAGGAGAAGAGCGGCCUACAGGAGCAGCAGGAGGAGGACGAGGAAGCACGCAAGAACCUGGAGAAGCAGCUGCUGACGCUGCAGGCCCACCUGUCCGAGAGCAGGAAGAAGUUGGAGGAGGACUCGGGGACCGUGGAGGGUCUGGAGGAGACUAAGAAGAAGCUGCAGAAGGAGCUGGAGCUGUCGGCUCAGCGUCUGGAGGAGAAGACUGCGGCUUUUGAGAAGUUGGAGAAGACAAAGACACGUCUGCAGCAGGAGCUGGACGACCUAAGCGUGGACCUGGACCACCAGAGACAGACCGUGUCUAACCUGGAGAAGAAGCAGAAAAAGUUUGACCAGAUGCUGGCAGAGGAGAAGAGCGUCUCGGCCCGCUUCGCUGAGGAGCGCGACCGGGCCGAGGCCGAGGCCAGAGAGAAGGAGACCAAAGCUCUGUCCAUGACCCGGGCACUGGACGAGGCCUUGGAGGCCAAGGAGGAGCUGGAGAGGGUCAACAAGCAGCUGCGGGCCGAGAUGGAGGAUCUGAUGAGCUCCAAGGACGACGUGGGCAAGAACGUCCACGAGCUGGAGAAGUCCAAGCGGACGAUGGAGCAGCAGCUGGAGGAGAUGAAGACGCAGCUGGAGGAGCUGGAGGACGAGCUGCAGGCCACCGAGGACGCCAAGCUGCGUCUGGAGGUCAACAUGCAGGCCAUGAAGGCCCAGUACGAGCGGGACCUUCAGGGCCGCGACGACCAGAACGACGAGAAGAAGCGGGCGCUGGUCAAGCAGGUGCGCGAGAUGGAGGUGGAGCUUGAGGAUGAGAGGAAGCAGCGAGCGUUCGCCGUCGCCGCCAAGAAGAAGCUGGAGGUCGACUUGAAGGACGCCGAGGCACUGACGGCGGCAGCUGCCAAAGCUCGCGAUGAAGCCAUCAAGCAGCUGCGCAAACUCCAGGCCCAGAUGAAGGACUAUCAGAGGGAGCUGGAGGAUGCUCGGGCGUCUAGGGACGACAUCUUUGCUUUGUCCAAGGAGACUGAGAAGAAGCUGAAGAGUCUGGAGGCCGAGAUCAUGCAGCUGCACGAGGACCUGGCAGCAUCUGAGCGAGGCCGGCGCCACGCGGAGCAGGAGCGGGACGAGCUGCAGGACGAAAUCUCCAACAGCACAUCUGGAAAAUCUGCUCUGAUGGAGGAGAAGCGGCGGCUGGAAGCUCGGAUCGCUCAGCUGGAGGAGGAGCUGGAGGAGGAACAAGGCAACAUGGAGCUGCUGAAUGACCGCUUCAGGAAGUCCACCCUGCAGGUGGACUCGCUGAGCACCGAGCUGAGCGCCGAGCGCAGCGGCGGUCAGAAGAGCGAGAACGCUCGGCAGCAGCUGGAGCGCCAGAACAAGGAGCUGAAGGCCAAACUGGGCGAGCUGGAGUCUUCAGUGAAGAGCCGCUUCAAGAACUCCAUCACGGCGCUGGAGGCCAAGGUCUGUCAGCUGGAGGAGCAGCUGGAGCAGGAGGCCAGGGAGCGCAGCGCAGCCAACAAGCUGGUGAGGAGAACCGAGAAGAAGCUGAAGGAGCUGUGCAUGCAGGUGGAGGACGAGCGCAGACACGCCGACCAGUUCAAAGAGCAGCUGGAGAAGUCCUCCUCCCGGAUGAAGCAGCUGAAGCGCCAGCUGGAAGAGGCGGAGGAGGAGGCCACUCGUGCCAACGCCUUCCGCAGGAAGCUGCAGAGGGAGCUGGACGACGCCACCGAGGCCAGCGAGGGUCUGAGCAGAGAAGUGCACUCGCUCAAGAACCGGCUCAGGCGCAGCGGUCCCCUCAGCUUCCCCUCCAGUCGGCCCGGCAGACGUCCGCUGCAGGUGGAGGGGACCUCUCUGGACCUGCAGUCGGACGACGAGCCGGAGAACAAGGUGGCGGAGGACGGCGAGCCGCAGCCGGAGUGACCCCGUCGCCCCCCUCGCCCUCCUCCUCCGGGCCCUUUUAUAAACAUGGUCCUCGCCUCGCGUUCGUCCCCAUCAUUGUUGAAAUAAAAAUGUUUCUGAGGGAGCUUCGUGACGUGUGUGAGGGGUGAGUCACA